CCCCCCCUUAUAUAUCUUCUCUUGUUCCUCCUCAAAGAGCACCUCUCAUCUCCUAUCUACUGCCACUACAAGCAGCAGUUAUGGCCAUAAAACCUCCCACCACCAGCACCUUCUUCCUCCUCUUCUUCCUCUCCAUUCUCCUCGGGACUCUUGGCAGACCAGGCUCUGGAGCACGAUGCUCACCAUCACAUUCUCUUACACUGAAGAAGGAACCCCAAUCACAGGGUUCAAACGAAGAAGGGUUGUGGACAUGGAGGGAUAUGAGUGCAAGAAGACUGAUGAUAGGCUCCACAGCUCCAAUCUGCACCUACAAUGAGUGCCGAGGGUGCCGAUUCAAGUGCAGAGCCGAGCAAGUCCCGGUCGACGCCGGGGAUCCCUCGAACAGCGCCUACCACUAUCGAUGCAUUUGCCACAUGUAGAGAGCUAGGGAUUAUUAGUGAGGCAUGCUUUGGAUCAAUUAAGCCAGAUGAGGAGGGGUUCCUUUGUGGUUGAAGGCUUAGAAGAGUUCUCCAUCUUUAGAUGUCUUGUUUGUUUGUUUUUUCUCUCUCUUUUCUUUUUCACUAUUUCUUUUUGUCUUGUUCGGGUUGUGGUGUGAUCAUCUACUGCUUUCGUCUAAGAGAAUGUUUGUUCUGAAUGAUAUGAAAACACCAGUUUUGGUCUA